CAGUGAUCUUUGCGGAGCUCCGGUUUCGUUCGCGGUCGUGUCCCGUGCCCCUGAUUCGUGCGCGCCCCCGUGCUCGCGAACGCGCGUGGCUAUCGGUGCCCGUGGAGCUUCCGUGAGCGACCGCCGACUGCGCGAGAGCACGGUUGCGCCGGUUUAACGAGAUAAUCGGACAUUUUCCGCGUGGGUGCCGCGGGGUUGGGAAGUGGGAGGACCCCGCUCGUGUUCCCGGAGCCUGGCUUUUGUCUGCAGGCGAGACACUGGAGAGCAACGUCCAAAACGCGAAGGAAACUCCCUGUUCUUGUUUCAGCUCCCGGGGAAAGUGUCCCGGUUCCGUCUGUGCGCCGCGGCUCUUGCGGACCGAGGAUGUUACCGGAGCGCGUGGGCUACGUGCCCCCGUGCUGGGCGCACUGGCUCCAUCACGUCCCCCACGUCAGUCUCCGGUUCCAGGCGGUUGACGACACGUUCAGACCCCAAGAUGAAGACUACCAGCAGUCUCUGCUCUUCCUGGCCUGUGUUGCGGCGGCUGGACUGGGCCUUACCCUCCUGGCUCUGGCUGUCUACCUAAGCUGUCUCUGCUGCUGCCGCACAGAGGAUGAGGAGGACGAGACGAAGAAACCCAACUCCUGCUGUGUCACCUGGACUGCUGUUACUGCUGGACUUCUGUGCUGUGUUGCAGUCGGAGUGGGUUUCUAUGGCAACAGUGAGACCAAUGAUGGCGUGUACCAACUGACCUACUCCUUGUAUAAUGCCAAUCACACACUGGCAGGUGUGGAGAACUUGGUGACGGGCACUGUGGGUAGUAUGCAAAGCGGGUUGAAGGCGCACCUGUCCCGAUUGGACGAGAUCUUUGCCACGCGACAGGACUUUGUGCAGACACUGCAGUUCACGCAGAAGAUGUCAGACAACGUCGUCAAGCAGUUACUGGGGCUUCCUGACUGGCAGCAGACCAAAGUCAACCUCGCCACACUCGCGGAACGCGCUGCCUUCAUCGAGUAUUACAGGUGGCUGACUUACAUGCUUAUACUGAUCCUGGAUCUGGUGGUCUGUCUGGCAGCAUGUCUCGGUCUGGCCAAGCAGUCUCGCUGUCUCCUUACCACGAUGAUGGUGUUUGGUGUCCUAAUCUUGAUUCUGAGCUGGGCUUCUCUUGGAGCUGAUCUAGCUACAGCUGUGGGCGUCAGCGAUUUCUGUGUGUCUCCAGACAAAUUCAUCAUGAACCAGACCAAAGACGUGAUCAGCUACAAUAUCGUCCAGUAUUAUUUACUCUGCAGCCAGACGCUUUCCAACCCAUUCCAGCAGUUUUCUUUGCAGUCCCUCACAGUCUUCCAGAGGUCUCUGACCACCAUGCAGGUCCAGGUACAGGGACUGCUCCAGUUUGCUGUUCCUCUCUUCCCUACUGCCAAGAGGGACCUUAUGAGCAUUCAGCACCUGUUAAACAGUUCUGAGACCAGCCUGCAUCAGCUCACUGCCCUGCUGGACUGCAGGGGACUUAAUAAGGACUAUCUGGAUGCUCUAAUGGGUGUGUGUUACGAUGGAGUGGAAGGGAUGUUGUAUUUGUGCGUGUUUUCUCUACUGGCAGCUGCUGCCUUCUGUACCAUGUUGUGCGCUAUUCCACGAGCCUGGAGACAGAUCACUACCCGACAGAGGGGUUAUGAUGACGUAGAGGAGGAGGACCCAUUUAACCUUCGAACUCAACGCGUUACACCCCAGCAGCCCCACCAGGGUGACCAUGGCAACCUGCACACUUUCUGCAGCUACAACAGCAGCAUGGGGAGCCAGAUCAGCCUCCACCCGGCCGCAGCUCCGCCUACCUCCAACACCCCCGUCACAGAGUACAUGAACCAGUCGGCUGUGUUUGGAGGGACUCCACGCUAUGAGAAUGUGCCUCUUAUAGGCAGAGGAUCACCGCCUCCUUCGCCGUGUAGAAACAGAUACUCCCCAAGCAUGCGAGCUACUUACCUCUCAAUGACGGAGGACCAGAUGAGACACUUUGGAGAGGACUUCCGGGCAUAGACUUCAUCCUCCAUCCUCAUCAUCAUCACCACAUAUCACCCUGUGCAAGUGAUGCUGUGUGUUUGUGUGUGUGUGUGUGUGUGUGUGUGUGUGUGUGUGUGUGUGUGUGUAUUGCUAUAUCAGAACUGUCCAGUUGCCCAGUACUGUGACUAAUGAUUAAUUUCUCUUUGAAGAUGAGAUGUUUUUUCACACCUUUGACUCCCAAGGUUAUACCAAUUUUAUUUUUCAGAAAUUUCAUAUUACACUAAAUAUGAAAAUUCAACACGGUAUUGAAUAGCGGUUCAAAUAGAGGGUGCGUUUUUUAACUAUAGCAUUAACUAUACAUAUAUCAGACAUCACAGUCUUAUCAGACACCACAGUGAGUCUUAUCAGAUAGAAGAUCAACACAACACAUCUGCCAGGACUCUCUGAAAAAGAUCCUUAGUGUUACACUUUCAUUCCUGUCGCUGGUUCGUUCUGACACGCGUCUGCUUCCCUCCAGGUGUACAGUGUCUCUACUGACGUAACCACAACAGAGUAGAAAAGAUGUUUGUACAGCCUCUCACCUCUGACAUGUUUGUCUGGCUUCUGUGAUGACAAAAUUAUAUAAACUUCAUCACUGUAUGAUGAGUCACUGUACUCUACUAAUGCUUUUUUAAGUGAAACGUUUUUGUAAGUUGAAGAAGUGUUGAAUUGUUGUGCCUCUAACUCUGUCCUUCUCUUUUUGCUAAGGAGGCUUAAUUUAGAAAGUUUAUUUUCUAUGAACAGUCUCUGUGUGUGUGUGUGCGCGCGUGUGUGUGUGCGCGCGUGUGUGUGUUUAAUCUUAAAUUCCAUGUGCUCUUUGCAAGAAACCUCAUGUAAGAUCCCUUUUUUAGAGUUAAAAAUGGUUGAGCCAUCAUUCUCCCGGAGUCUGACUAUUAAGUCACCUGCUUACUGAACCAGUUUAGUGUAAUAUAUUUCACCUGUUUACUGGGUUCAAUACCAUACUCCAUAUUUGACUGAAUAACCUUGACUUUCUACAUUCUUUUAACUUGUUACUAGCAUUUGUAAAUAACCUGUAUGAUAACAGAUGUGUUUUUAUUUUUUGUUUAUUAUACAUUGUGCCACAAUUUCAUGAUAGCUUGGAAAGACACCGGGUGAUGAAAUCAAACUGUAGCCUCUGUCUGCAUUUCAGACUGAAGUUGUUGUGUAAUAAAAUAUUUAAAACAUA